AUGGUCCAAUCUAUCAUAGAUACUCCUUGCUGCUCAGCACUUAAUUUUAACUCCAAACCCGCCAUGGGACAACCAUUGCUUCCUAUAGAGAUUGUUAACUCGGUGAUGCAAUAUAUGCCUGCUCACGAUGUCAUCCAAUCCUGCUUUGCUAGUUACCCAUUGACUUUAGUCGCAAAGAAAAUCCUUCGAGCUCGUCUAUCCUUUUUAGAUCAAUACGCUCUCCGAGUAGUUGCAAAAAACGUCUCUUCCGGCCAAAUUGUUUGUAAUCUCUCUGCUCAUCGUACUAAUUACGCUUCUCAAUACGAUGGAUAUUCUAUGUUUCAAUUGGAUAAGACUUCUCCUUCAAGCGUCUUCCAAGUGACUUUUGAAGAAGAGGCAGAUUUGAUCCAAUUCGAGCGAUACCCGGGAGAAUCGCUUCCUCCUUUCCUAAACGUCCGCGUCGCCGUUGAUCUUUCUCGCGCUUCCAUCAAUGAUUCCCGUGCUGAUUUGUUUUCCUGCUUUCAAAAGCCCAUCCGCAUUCGUCGGUCUUGGCUAGAUUCUCUCAAGGCUGGUCAGCCGAAUACAUUAUGGUUGGAUCAAAACACUCAGCACGUUAUUGGUUUAGUCAUUUCUCGUAUGGACGAUGUUCCAGGAAAAUACGAUGUUUCUAUCUCAUCGGUUAUCAUAAAAACCGAAUACUUGUUAUCAUCUUUGGAGCAACGACUUCAUUGA